CGUGGGAUGGCCAAGAUGGCGAGCGGCGGCGGCGGCGGCGGCGGGGGGGUGUCGGCGGCGGCCCUGUGGAGCGAGGUCAACCGCUGCGGACAGAAUGGAGAUUUCCCGCGCGCCCUCAAGACGCUCAACAAGAUUCUGCAGACCAGCAAGGACGACGUGACCGCCAUCCAUUGUAAAGUGGUGUGCCUUAUCCAGAAUGGAGGUUUCAGGGAAGCCCUGAGCAUCAUCAGCUCCCACGCCAAAAUCUUACCCAGCGACUCGGUGUCCUUCGAGAAGGCGUACUGCGAGUAUAGGCUGAACCGCAUCGAGCAGGCCCUGAAGACCAUAGAAAGUGCCAGCCAGCAAAGCGAAAAACUCAAGGAGCUCUAUGGCCAAGUGUUGUACAGGCUGGAGCGCUACGAUGACUGCUUGGCCGUGUACCGGGACCUGAUCCGGAAUUCCCAGGAUGACUACGAGGAGGAGAGGAAGACCAACCUGUCAGCUGUGGUGGCCGCCCAGAGCCAGUGGGAGCAAGUCGCGCCGGAAAACUUGGGAUCGCAGGAGGGCAGCUAUGAGCUGUGCUACAAUGUCGCGUGUGCGCUGAUUGGACAGGGUCAGCUGAAUCCGGCGAUGAAAGCCUUGCGGCGAGCAGAAGAUCUGUGCCGUCAGUCCCUCUCGGAAGACUCGGAUGUGACUGAGGAAGACAUCGAGGCGGAGCUGGCCAUCAUUCACGGGCAGAUGGCUUACGUCCUGCAGCUGCAGGGCCGCGCCGAGGAAGCUCUGCAGUUGUACAAUCAGAUCAUAAAGUUAAAGCCAACCGACGUGGGGCUGCUUGCCGUGAUAGCCAAUAACAUCAUCACCAUUAACAAGGACCAAAACGUCUUUGACUCCAAGAAAAAGGUGAAACUGACCAACGCAGAAGGCGUCGAACACAAACUUUCAAAAAAACAACUUCAGGCGAUCGAGUUUAAUAAGGCCUUACUGGCCAUGUACACAAAUCAGGCAGAUCAGUGUCACAAGAUAUCGUCCAGCCUGCAGUCCCAGCGGCCGGACCACCUUCUACCUGUGCUCAUCCAAGCCGCCCAGCUGUGCCGAGAGAAGCAGCAGGCAAAGGCAGUUGAGCUCCUGCAGGAAUUUUCGGAGCAGCAUCCGGCCAAUGCAGCAGAAAUUAAGCUGACCAUGGCCCAGCUGAAAAUAGCCCAAGGUAAUAUUACCAAAGCAUGUAUAAUUCUGCGAAGUAAACGGUUGAAGCAUAAACGCAGCAUGGUGUCCGCCUUGGUGACCAUGUACACUCACGAGGAAGAUAUCGACAGCCGCCAUCGAGUCUUCGCCCAAGCCAUCCAGUGUACCAGGACACCAGGUCACAUGAAUCUGGUGGGGGCAGUCCGAGCACGCGCUGCGGUCCCUUUCCUUCCCGUGGUCCGUCUGGACGCUCCCCAUCUUCCUUCCACGCUUUCGGGCUGCUCUCGCAAGGAGCCACUGCCCUCGCCGUGGCCAUGGUCUCAGGUGCCGUCCCUUAUUGAUCCGGCAGGGUCCGGGCCGUGUCUCCUCACUCUCCUCUGUGGAAGAGAGAAGCUGUCGGUGGAUGGGAUGGGACGGGGAACACGGCUAUUAUGCCGGGUUCCAGAGCCCCACCUAACCCGACAGUCAUCCCGAGGCGAGCGCAGCGCUGGCACCGCCCAGCUUUGCUCAGGGUUCGGGGUUUUGUUUCCGAAAUCUUCCAGUUAUUUGUCCUUGAUGAGAGAAGCUGCCAACUUCAAGCUCAAAUAUGGAAGAAAGAAGGAAGCAAUCAGUGACCUGGAACAGCUGUGGCGGCAAAACCAAAAGAUGUUCACACAUUGGCCCAGCUUGAUCUCUGCCUACUCCCUGGUGGAUCUGAAAAGGCAAAAAGUCCUCAGCAGGCACCUGCCCUCCUCGGACAGCAUGUCUCUCAAGGUGGAUGUCGAGGCUCUCGAGAACUCCCACGGUGCCACCUACAUCCGCAAGAAGGGAGGAAAGCUGGCAGCAGAGAAUCCCUCAAAGAACAAGGGGCAGGGGGAUAUAAAGAAGAAGAAGAAAAAAAAGAAGGGAAAACUGCCAAAGAAUUAUGACCCUAAAGUCACCCCAGACCCUGAGCGGUGGCUACCCAUGCGCGAGCGAUCUUAUUACCGGGGGCGGAAGAAGGGGAAGAAGAAGGAUCAGAUUGGCAAAGGGACGCAAGGAACCACAGCAGCAGCUUCAUCUGAAUUGGAUGCCAGCAAGACCAUGACCAGUCCGCCCACUUCCCCGCGGUCCGGGGCUGCCGCAGUGUCGUCCUCGACCAGUAACAUCAUCCCCCCGAGGCACCAGAAACCCGCCGGGGCUCCCGCCACCAAGAAAAAGCAGCAGCAGAAAAAGAAAAAGGGAAAAGGGGGCUGGUGACGAGGACCUUCACGGGACAGGCUGUUUUUAAACUCUUUCCACUGUAAGGCACCAGGAGCGUAAUAAAGGUCAGACAGCAAGAAGAAACAUA